GAAAUGAUUACCUAAUCAGUUCUGUCCUCUGCGCUCACUGCCCUGAAAACAUUCAAUGUGAUUUAGCAGGGUGACUCGUGUGUACACAGCUUGCCGUCAAUCUGAAAUAUAAUUUCAUUUUUUUUCGGAGUGGAGGGAAGAUCCAUUUUUUUAAUUUGUGUGCUGAAAUGUAUUUAGUUGUAGUUUUCUUUUUUUGCACGCGGUUGAUCAACGCUCAAAAUGAUGUGUUUACCAUCAAUGAUGUGAAACUGGAAUCUUCACCACACAGCCCUGUUGCUAAUGGAGCCACGCUGAAUCUGGAUUGCUCUGUAGACAUCACCAAGAAUGGAGAGUUUGACUUGCUACAUACAUUUAUGUUUUACAAGAACGAUGUAUUGGUUUAUAACAUCACCUCUGGUCGCGCCAAUACCACGUUCACCAUUAACCCUGCAAGAGUGUCCAGCUCUGGAAUAUACAAAUGUCAGGUGGAUGUGGAGGGCAAGUCCAGGAGUAAGGAACUGGAAAUCAGAGUAACUGGAGUGUCUCCACCUAAAAUUCACAUAAGGAAGACAGAGGUGAAAGAAGGAGAGGAUGUAUCUGUGACUUGUGAAGCACCAGAAGAGGAUCCACCGCUUUUCUUCACUUUCUACAAGUUUCAGGACUCUAUAUUAGUGUCUCAAAAAUCCAGGUCUGCUACUAACCAGAAAUCACUUCAAGUAAAUUUUCCAAUAGAAAAAGGAGACAAGAUUUUGCGCUUUAAUUGUGAUGUCAAAGUUGGCUAUGUUUCCGAUGAAGCUAAAUCAGCUCUUAGCGAGGGGAAAUUUGUCACCGUGACAGAACCCUUUUCAACCCCAAAAAUUGAAGUGUCUCCCUCAAACAACUUCACUGAAGGGAUUAACAUGCUUAUUAAGUGCUCGGUGCAAAAGCCCCCACCCUCUUCUUCCUAUAAUGAGACGGUAGAAAUCACAAUUCAAAAGGAUAAAGAGAUUCUAAAGAGUUCCACAACAGAGAGUGUAAUAUUUUCCCAACUGGCAACCGUAAAAGAAAUGGGUGACUACACAUGUAAAGCAGAAACAAAGAAGACUUGGAAGAGCAGCAGCGUCUUCAUCACCAUAGCAGAGCUGUUUGCAAGACCACGUCUCUCUGUGCAUGGGAAAGACAACCUCAAUGAAGGCGAUCGCUUGUCCCUAAUGUGUGAGGUUCCUGGCUUAUCGUCUAAUGUUUCAAAGAACCAGAACUUUUAUUUGUUAAACAAAAACUUCAGACAAAAGAUGGUCCUGGGGAAGCACAGCACAACUGUAAAGGAGAAGGACAGUGGGAGUUAUUUAUGUGAGGUGACAAUAUCCAACAUUACCAAGAGAAGUGACCCAGUAAAUAUCAGAGUCCAUGCCGCUGUAUCAAAGCCAAUUCUCACACAGUCUCAAAACAAUAACAGGAUGGUGGUGGCAGGAGAAACUCUUAUUCUGAACUGUAUCUGCUCCAGUGGAACCCUUCCUAUAACGUACUCCCUGUACAGAGGAGGGCAGUUUGUGGGCCGGGUGAACAAGACCGACAAAGCACCUGCAGUGUUUAUGGUUAACGUGACAAAAUCUGAUGAUUUGGGGGAAUACCGCUGCCAUGCUGCAAAUAGAAAUACUCUUUCUAAUCAGUUCAGUGAUUCCAUAAACAUCACUGUCAUAACUCCAGUUGACAAAGUCCAUUUCCUAACCAUUCCAGAGGGCACCGUAGAAGAAGGGACAGAAUUAGGUUUGAGCUGCACUGUGGAGAAUGGGACUUUUCCGAUUGAGUUCAAAUUUUACUUUAAAAAAGGAAAAGAGGAAAUUCUGAUAAAUGUCACCAAGACUAACGCACACCACGCUAAGUAUAUCAUUUCAUCAUUUAACAAAGAAGAGGAUGGAGGUUAUUUCUGUAGAGCUUCAAACCAGGCCAAGCAUUCCGUAUCAACAGAACCUAUAGCUCUGAAAGCUGUCCUUGCGAAAUGGAAGAAAGGAGUUCUGAGCGCUUUCAUAAUUUUCAUUAUACUUGCUGUGAUAGUUAUCUCUUUAUACUUUUACCUGGACAGAAAGAAAAAAGGCCAAAGGAUAACACUAGAUAAAGCCAGAACUUCUAAAACAUCUGACGUAAACCAUGACAAAGCAACCUUGGAAUUGAAAAAUGAGGAUUCGUAUUAUGGAUCUAUGCAAAACGAAGAUGAAAAUCAUGUCCUUAAACAUUCGGAGGAGAACAAAGGUAACGACCAUGAAAACAAUGAAGUGGAAUAUACAGAAGUGGAAGUAGAUGCAGCCAGCCCCCUCCGAGAUCCUGUAACCAAGGCAACAGACACAGUUUAUAGUGAAAUCAGAAGGUCUAACCAUGAUGCCUCCCUAAAUAAUGCACAUACAACAGAAGAUUCACCAAACUCCAUCUGACAGCCAGAUGAAGACAAACUAUAAAACAAAAAGGAGCAACUACUGAGCAAACACCAUGGCACUUAUUUAUAAUAAAUCUGCCCAUUGCAAAAUAGCGCCUGAGACUGGUAACAGUGAUGAAGUAGAGACCCAUUUCUGGGCCACAUGGCCUUGCAAUGUAUGAGGAUCAGAGGUGGCUGUAAACUCUCUGGCAUUGCAAGGGUUAGAUACAUAGUCGCUCUGUGUCAUCUAAGAACAUCGCACAACGUGUAUCUGACUCAUCAGAGUUUUAAAGGAUUGUUGUAAAAUGGUUGAAUCUUUAUAUUCUAAAAAUGCGCUUGACAUGGCAGAAGCAUGAGAGGUGUGCGCAAAUACUUGGACCUGUUAUCGCUCUAUGGCAAUACUACUGUCAAGUGACACCUGAUGUCUCUUUCUGGGAGUCAAACUGUGGAUUGUACAAUGCUACGGAAAGAGGAGCCUCUACAAUGCUUCCAGACCAAUUUCUGAGAAGCGAGUUUACAAGAUACUCCAUUCAAAUGAUAUUUCAUUCCUUUUUAAACAAUAGUUCAAUGGACUACAAAUUCCUUUUAAUGUUUCCACAAAGUUUCACUUUGUCAUGUAAUCGCUUGUAAGCUAAAGGUAACCAUUGACAACAAUUUAGAAAUAUAUCUGCAUUAUACUUGCCUUUGUCUGCCCAGUGGAGAGUGCGACAUAUUGUCUGUUAUCUAUUGGCUGUUAACCCCUCAAACUAUACAGUUUGGAUUGAUAAUUAAAAAUGGAAGCAACUUGGCUCUUCCUGAUGCUGAUCAACCCAGAUACUACGAACCCUGCACUGCGCAUCCCUUAUUUAUUACUAAGGGAUAUCUUCUCCACAGUAUGCUAUGUAUUGCUUAUUUUGUACUGAAUUGCUUAUUGUAAAUAAAGAUUUUAUACCAUU